GUCUAUUUCCCGUUCACAGUGUAUUGGUAGUAGGAUCCUAUAACAGCGUGCUCCUGGUCAUUCCGCAGGCCAGCUCCACUGCUCAAAUACUGCAAGAACUAUGGACGCACAUAGCACCUCUCUGUUCCUCACCUUGAUUCACCUGCUUGCGCUCAUCUCGGCCCGCAAUUCCCUCACGCCGGGCUCCUCGCUCUCCGUAGAGAGCAGCUCCGACGUGCUCCGAUCUCCAGAUGGCACUUUCACCUGUGGCUUCGACAUCUCAUCCAACGCAGCCAUCUUCUCCAUAUGGUUCUCCAACUCGGCUCCAAAGACCGUAGUCUGGAGCGCGAACCAUCUCCACCCUGUGUACACCUGGGGAUCCAGAGUCGAGUUAGACAUCCAUGGGAUCAUGGUUGUGAAAGAUUACAAUGGCCAGACCGUAUGGACCAACAACGUGAGCUCUUCAGAUGCCGACCGAGCUCAGCUGUUGGACACGGGGAACCUCGUCGUGAAGGGCAAAGGUGAUGUCAUUCUGUGGCAAAGCUUUGAUUCUCCUACAGAUACCUUGCUGCCCAACCAGAACAUCACUGCGGCUACAAAGCUGGUAGUUCCUGACCACUACAGCUUCCAUUUUGAUGAUCAACAUUUACUUACACUGUUUGACGAUGAGAAGAAUAUCUCUUUCAUCUAUUGGCCCAAUCCAGAUAUCAAUAUCCGGGCAAAACAAAGAAACUCGUUUAAUAGCACCACAAUAGGAGUUCUUGAUAGCUCGGGGCAUUUCCUUGGAAGUGACAAUCUGAGCUUUUCAGCUGCUGAUUCGGGUCCUGGGAUCAUGAGGAGACUAACACUAGAUUAUGAUGGCAACCUCAGGCUGUACAGUAUGCAAAAGAAUGGAACAUGGCUGAUCACAUGGAUGGCAUACCCUCAGCUCUGCUAUGUGCGUGGCUUGUGUGGCAUGAAUGGAAUAUGUGUGUAUACACCUGCGCCUGCUUGUACAUGUGCACCUGGCUAUGAGGCCAUUGACCCAAGCGAUGGGAGAAAAGGCUGCAAGCCGAAGCACCGAAUUAGUUGUGAUGGGAAGCAGAAGAUGGGAUUUGUCAAGCUACCGAAUACUGAUUUCUUAGGGCAUGAUCAAGAUGUUCAGAACUUUGUUUCUCUCCAUACUUGCAAGAACAUAUGCACGAGUGCCUGCAGUUGCAUGGGGUUCUCAUACAUGCAAGGACACGGUGACUGCUACAUAAAGUCUGCCAUUGUUGGUGGUGUAACCCACCCAGCUUUACCGGGAUCUAUCUAUCUCAAGCUGCCCGAGGCUGUGAGAGUCCUACAAUCCUCUAUUCCCCACUCACAACCUUUUGGUCCUGAAUAUGGUUCUGAAUGUGGUGCAGUAAGCAAAAAUGUGACUACACAAUUCUUGGAUACGACUGAGAGAAGCCACAGUGGACCAAAAUACUGGUAUGCAUAUGGGUUCUUAUCAGCAAUUUUUCUAGUGCAGGUCACAAUUGCUGUGGUAGGAUGGUGGUUUAUUUUGAGAAGGGAGGGUAAGCAACUAAGAGGAGUAUUGCCAGCUGAGGUUGGGUAUGAAAUGAUAACCAACCAUUUCCGCAGGUAUACUUAUAGGGAGCUGCAGAGAGCUACUAGAAAGUUUAGGGAUGAGCUUGGUAAGGGUGCAUCUGGUGUUGUAUAUAAAGGGGUAUUGGAAGACAAGAGAGAAGUAGCUGUGAAAAAGCUGGCAGACAUACACCAAGGUGAAGCAGAAUUCCAGCAUGAACUAAGCGUCAUUCGCAGGAUUUACCAUAUGAAUCUAGUGAGGAUUUGGGGAUUCUGUUCCGACGGUCCACACAGGAUGCUGGUCUCGGAAUUUGUGGAGAACGGCUCAUUGGAUAAAAUCCUAUUUUGUACGGACGGUUCCCCCAUCUUGCUUGAAUGGAAGCAGAGAUUUAAAAUUGCUCUAGGGGUGGCGAAAGGAUUGGCGUAUCUUCACCACGAGUGCUUAGAGUGGGUCAUCCACUGCGAUGUGAAGCCAGAGAACAUACUGUUGGAUAAGAACUUGGAGCCAAAGAUCACUGACUUUGGCCUUGCAAAACUCCUGAACAGAGGCGGGUCCAAUAAAAGUACAUCGCGGAUAUGUGGUACUAGAGGUUACAUAGCUCCUGAGUGGGUUUCUAGCCUUCCAAUAACAGCAAAAGUUGAUGUCUACAGCUUUGGAGUGGUGCUUCUAGAAUUGCUCAAGGGAGCUCGUGUUUCAGAAUGGGUAGCAAAUGCAGAUGAGGCAGUCGAAAUGGCUAUUAGAAGGAUUGUUAGGAUGCUUGAAGAUAAUGCAAAGAUACAGGGCAGUGAACAGUCAUGGAUCGCUGGCUUCAUUGAUCCCAGAUUGAAUGGCCACUUUAACGGCUCGCAGGCAAGAACAAUGAUCAAGUUGGCUGUUUCAUGUGUACAAGAAGACAGAAGCAUAAGGCCCACCAUGGAGAAUGUGGUGCAGAUGCUUCUUUCAGUUGAUGAAGCCGGUAGCAUAAUACAGCAGUAUUCUCUCAACUAAGAGAGUUGAUGAAUAUGUGGUGUGUAUGCUUCAUUUUGGGCCCAUAGAAGAUAUCUACACCAUUGGCCAAUAAAAUCACUUCUUUUCCUCCUAUGUUCUUUUUCCCGUUUCAUAUUUAACUAGGAUAUGCCAGAUUACGAUGUAGUCUUAAAAUCCUAAUAUUUAUCCAAAAGCUAUGCUAUCAUCUGUUGUAAUAAGCUGCAAUGAAAUGUGGAAGCUUCAUACUUCA